AUGGACUCCACAUUCGGAACCACCGCCACCACCACCACACCGACACCGCUCGCCUCGGCGCCUCCCGAAUGGGGUAGUGACCCGGCGUGGAAGCUGCCCGGCUGGGCCGAGCCCGUUAUCGUUGCGAGCAUCCUCUUCGGCGCCUGCUUCUACACUCGACGACGCAAUUUCAACGUAUCCGGCAAGCAGUCGUCACGGUACGCGCUGUUGGACCAAGACUCGAAUUCGUCGCAAGACACAAUAGGGCAGGACGAGACGCUGAAGUACGAAGAGGACGACACGGACUCCGACUACUUCGCCACCACAUCCAAGCAUGCAUCGUCUAAGCGGCGGCCAUUCUGCGGCACUACAAUCCUGACGCCCAACACGUCGCAGUUCGCCAACAACUGGCACUCGCGCAUGCUCUAUAAGUUCCCGUUCUUCAUAGAGAUGUUCUACUGGAUCGUCACGUACUUUGUCUACCGGCUCACGCACAUCAUGUCCCAGGCUCUCUUCUCCGACUCGAUCUGGGACCUGGCACAGUCGCACGGACUGGCCAUCCUCGAGUUCGAGCAAUUCUCCAUCUUCCGCUUCUUCUUCCCCGUGCCGGAGCUCAGUGUGCAGCAUUGGUUCUUGGAGGGCCACGCCGAACUAUUGACCUUCUUCAACAAAGCUUACGCGUUGAUCCACAUCCCCGGCACGGUCUACUUCAUGGCCUGGUACUACUACGCUGCGCCCAACCAUGCCAUCUUCGCCAAGGUCCGCCGCACCAUGACGUUGUGCAACCUGACGGCCUUCGCCAUCUUCACGUCGUACCCGUGCAUGCCGCCGCGACUGCUCCCCAAGGAGUACGGAUUCGUCGACACCGUCCGCCGCGACGACGCCGAGAGCGUGUGGAUGUCGGGCAAGUUCGUGAACCACCUCGCCGCGAUGCCCAGCAUGCACUUCGGCUACGCCUUCAUCAUCGGCACCACGUGUCUGUACCAUGCCGGUGCCUUCCGGUGGGCGGGACUGGGCUAUGAGAACCGCAGCGCCAAGAUCUGGAAGUGGUCGCUCUGCGUGUUUGGCGUGCUCUACCCCCUCGGUAUCCUGACCACCAUCGUCGCCACCGCCAACCAUUACUACCUCGACGCCGUUGUCGCCGUGUUCACCGCUGCCGCUGCAUUGCUCUGCAACCGCAUCUUCAUGGUCUUGGUGCCGCUCGAGGACAUCUUCCUGUGGCUCAUUCGCGCGGAUAAGCCCCGACCGAACUGUGGCUACGCCCGCUCCUAA